AUGGACUUCUCCGAGUGCUCCGACGAUCAGUCUUUAGGUCCUAGCGUUCAGCAUUGCCGAGAUGGUUUUGACUUUACCAUCAAGUUUGAACUCGUCUUUUUCUCCAUUCUUCCUGCUUCCAUCUUUGUCGCAGUUGCUCUUGCGCGCAUUGCCUGUCUCUUCUCCAAGCAAGCAAUCAUUGGCGGUGCUAUUCUACAAUCUGCCAAAUUGGUCUCAGCAUGCGCAUGGGCUGCCCUCCAACUGGCGUUACUUGCCUUGAGCGGCACUAGAGAAGGACGAUUCAAGAGUUUCUUCGUCUCGUCGUCCGCUGUGUCUUUGGCAGCCGCACUCUGUAUGAUUGCUGCCUCAUAUUUAGAACAUUCACGAUCACCUCGGCCUUCGAUCGUGCUCAACGCAUACCUGGCACUCUCCGUGUUACUGGACGUUGCCCAGACGCGAACACUUUGGCUGGCCUCUACUGGCCGCGAUGAACGACUUUUUACUACGAUUUUUACUGCUGCACUGGGCGUCAAAUUUCUUUUGGCGGUUCUUGAAACGCGACAAAAGACGAAAUGGAUCCGGUGGAACGAAAAGGAGCACAGCCCGGAAGAGACCAGCGGACUGUUUGAACUCGGCGCAUUUGCCUGGUUGAACCGUUUAUUCUCCACUGGCUAUCGAAAGACACUGACACUGGAUGAGCUUUUCCCACUUGAUAAAAAUGUAGCUUCGGAGCCAUUGCAGGCAAGCUUAUCUCAUCAUCUUGGGCAGAUUCCACAGCCAGGUCAGAAACAUGGUCUGGCGAAAGCUCUUGCGAGAUCCUUGGCCAUUCCUCUUUUACUCCCGAUUGGACCCCGACUCGCCAUGACGGCGCUACAAUUCUGUCAACCAUUUCUGAUCAGUUUGCUGCUAGAUUAUUUGCAAAGGCCAUCAGACGCAUCGACAAAGAACAUUGGAUACGGCUUGAUUGGCGCCACCUUUCUAGUCUAUCUUGGCCUGGCAUUCUCGGGAGCGAUAUACUGGUAUCUCCAAGAACGUGUCAUGUACAUGGCUCGGGGUGCGUUGGCUGGUGUGGUUUAUAGAAAGGUUGUCGCGGCCAAGCUGUCAGCUACUCAAGAUUCGUCCGCUCUGACUCUGAUGAGCGCUGAUAUCGAACGCAUCAUUAGCGGCGGAUUGAAUCUUCAUGAGUUCUGGGCAAACGCAAUACAGGUCGGAUUGGCCAGUUGGCUUCUUUCCCGCGAUAUUGGACCAUCAGCAAUUGCACCACUCAUUGUGGUAUUUUGCUGUUUUGUAUCUUCGAGCAUUCUGUCGAAAGUGACCGUACCAAGGCAAAAGACGUGGAUGGAAAAGAUCCAGAAAAGAGUUGGCGUGAUAGCGAGUGCGGUGGGACAGAUCAAGCAGAUCAAGGUCUCGGGACUUGCAGCGAUGAUGGAGGAAUCCAUCCAAAAGCUGCGAGUGGAUGAGCUCGAGAGCGCAUCAAAGUUUCGCAUGGUCAUUACCGUGGCGGCCAUUAUUGCCAACGUUCCUCUCUGCAUUUCUCCUAUCCUGAUGUUUGUUUUCGCCUCCCACACCCUGGAUGUUACAACAAUAUUUACGGCUGUUUCGUAUGUUUUGCUUUUGGCGACACCCCUUGGCAUGCUUCUCCAAACGAUGCCUGCAUUUCUAUCUACGUUUACGUGUUUGAGCAGGAUCCAGGAGUUCUUGGAGAAGGAGUCCCAGAUCGAUUUUCGAAAAUCGCCUUUGAAAUUGGACCAGAAAACCCCGACUUAUACCCAAGAACAGACGAGGGCUGGAGACGGCACAGCACCGUUGAUCAAGGUCUCAGACGGAAGUUUCGGAUGGGAAAUUGGGAAACCUUGUGUCUCGAACAUCAAUAUUGAAAUUCCCUCCUCGAAACUGACAAUCAUUGUUGGGCCUGUUGCUUCGGGCAAGUCAACACUAUGCAAAGCACUGAUUGGCGAAGUUCCCAUUGCGCAAGGGAGUGUGGAGAUUGAUGUCAGCAACUUGAAAGUGGGAUACUGUGAUCAAACACCAUUGCUUUUCAACUCUACGAUUCGGGAAAACAUUACUGCCUUUGCGACAAUGAACGAAAGUCGGUACCAGCAGGUUCUUGACGCGACCCUGUUGCAACAAGACCUUGCAUCCCUCCCAAUGGGUGAUGAGUCAAAAAUUGGAAGCAAUGGAAUCACUCUGAGUGGAGGACAGAAGCAACGGGUGGCUCUGGCUAGGGCGCUGUUUCUUGACGCAGACUUGCUCGUUUUCGACGACAUACUCAGCAGUUUGGACGCCAUUACCAGUGAACACGUCUUUCGAAAUGUCUUUUCCAAUCAUGGAAUACUUAGGCAAAGAGAGGCAACCGUAGUCCUCUGCACGCAUGCCACCCAACGUUUGCUGUCAGCCGACCACAUCAUAGCCUUGCGAGCGGACGGAACUAUCGAGGAACAGGGCUCGUACUCCGAGCUCGUUUCGAAUAAAGGCUACAUAUAUGGUCUCAUAGCUUCCAACAGCAAAGACGCUCACCCCCGCGAUAAUGGGGGCCCUUCUUUAGAAUCAAUUCAGGACGCUCCAAAGCCCACCAUGCCCAGGACGGCUAAAAACCUUCCAACCAAAUUUGAUGAAGAAAAGAAGCGAAUGACGGGCGAUUUUUCUGUAUAUCGUCACUACUUUUCUCGCAUAAACACCGUUUCGAUUGUAUUAUUUAUUGCUUUUGGCGCUGGUUGGGGUUUUUUUUCCAACUUUACCACCAUCUGGCUCAAAUUCUGGUCGGAAGAUAUCACGUCGACAUUUCCCAACCAUUCCGGUAUCUUUUACAUUGCCCUAUACGCUCUGUUUCAAAUUUCGACACUUGCAUGCCUCCUCGGUGUUUGUCUCGUCUGCUUCCGAUCCAUGAUUCAGGUCUCGGGCGCCAAGUUACACAAGGAAGCGCUCAGUACGGUCAUGACAGCACCGCUCAAAUUCUUCUCGACUACCGAUACGGGCGUGGUGACGAACCUUUUCUCUCAAGACAUGAAUCUUAUUGAUGGAGAACUUCCUCUGGCCUUGAUAAAUCUCAGCAAUAGACUCUUUACUACCCUAGGAAUGGCUGCCGUUGUUGCCACUUCUUCUGCGUACCUUGUCAUUACAUUUCCCAUCAUGGCCAUCUUCUUGUACGGACUGCAAAAGUUUUACCUCCGCACAUCACGACAAUUGCGAUUGCUGGAUCUUGAAGCCAAGAGUCCACUAUACUCACAAUUCAUCGACACGAUCAAGGGGGUUGCGACCAUUCGUGCCCUGGGCUGGGCCAAGAACGUAAUUGCGACAAACGACAAAUUUCUGGAUCGCUCGCAGCGUCCCGCCUACCUUUUAGCCAUGAUACAGCGCUGGCUGCAAUUCGUAUUGCAGCUCCUCGUAGCAUUAUUGGCAACAAUCGUGGUUGCGCUGGCGACACAAUUGCGUUCCAACAGUGCAUUUGCCGGCGCCAGCCUGGUGACGCUCAUGACCUUUGGAAAUUCUCUUUCGUUUUUGAUUCGUGUCUAUACCGUGGUCGAAACUUCUAUUGGCUCAGUGAGUCGCCUGAAAACUUUUAGCGAGUCGGUCGUGCCCGAGAACCUGCCUGGGGAGGACGUGGUUCCGCCACCGCAAUGGCCUAUGAAAGGCGCAAUCGAUAUACGAGGCGUCUCAGCAAGCUACGGUGAGGGUACGGUUGGCGAACAGUCUCGCCCACUGGCGUUGGACGAUAUACAUCUGUCGAUAGGAUCUGGCGAAAAGGUCGCCAUUUGCGGUCGAACCGGCAGGCAAGUUGGGAAAUCCUCUAUCAUUUUACUUUUACUACGUCUUGUCGAUCCUCUCGCGUCCUGCAGUGAGAAUAUCACCAUUGAUGGGACGCCCUUGUAUCGUGUUGACCGUUCUGUGCUGCGCCAACGCAUCAUCGCAGUACCCCAAGAGCCUGUCUUUCUGCCCAAUAGAACGUCUUUCCAGACAAAUCUCGACCCACAAGGUGCCGCAACUGAGGCAGACUGCACUGCUGUGUUAGAACUUGUCGGUCUCGACGUUGUCAUUGACGAACGCGGCGGUCUCACGGCAGCAAUGAAUGCUGAUGACUUGUCACAAGGCCAGAAGCAGCUCUUUAGUCUCGCACGUGCCGCCCUGCGACGAAGAGCCCAAAGUCGUGCGAGAGAGGCUGCUUUGGGGAAUGGAAGUGUCAAUCAUGACGGAGGGAUCCUGCUACUUGACGAACUCAGUUCCAGUGUAGAUCGGGAGACGGAAAGGAUAAUGCACAAGGUCAUUCGCCAAGAGUUUGCGGCUUAUACGGUGGUGAUGAUCAGUCAUCGUCUGGAAAUGGUCAUGGACUUAGAUACUGUGGUUGUAUUAGACAGUGGUAGGGUCGUGGAGUCGGGCAAGCCAAAGGAAUUGAUUCAGCAAGAGGGUUCAAAAUUCAAGGAGCUGUGGAAAUCAGAGAACAGGUAG